UAUUUCCAUUUCUACCCUUUCCUGGCUCGCCUCCACCCGCCGCCGCCGUCGUCGCCGCAGCCAUGGCGUCGCGGCGCUACCUUCUCCGCCUCCUCUCGACCCGCCUCGUCCCUCAGAGAUCUCAAACCCUCACACCGGUCUCGAUCGCGACCCGGACCCUAGCCUCUUUGUCGGAGCCCCUCGGAAACCCAGCUCCACGCGCCCUCGCCUCCCCCCGGCUCUACUACCCCUCGCGCUGCCACUUCGCGACCCGCUCCUCCGGCGACGAGGACGACGACGAAGACGAAGACGAAGACGAAGAAGGGCACUACGACGACGACGGGAGCGAGGGGGAGUGGGGGGAGGAGGAUGAGGCGGUGGCGGCGAAGAAACCGAGCGGGAAGACAGAGGAGGAGAUGGUAGCGGAGGCGGCGGAGAUCGGGUACAAGGUGGUGGGCCCUCUCGGGCCCGACGAGAAACCCUUCAAGCCCUACGAGCCCGUCUUCGCCGUCGUACAGAUUGGCUCUCAUCAAUUCAAGGUGAGCAAUGGUGACUCCAUCUUUACGGAGAGGUUGAAGUUCUGUGAUGUAAAUGACAAGCUGGUUUUAAACCGAGUUCUCAUGCUUGGUUCACAAACUCAAACAGUUAUUGGGAGGCCAAUUCUUUCUGAAGCUACUGUUCACGCUGUUGUUGAAGAGCAUGCCCUAGACGCAAAAGUGAUCGUAUUCAAGAAGAAACGGCGAAAAAAUUACCGCCGAACAAAGGGCCACCGUCAGGAAUUGACAAAACUUAGAAUAACCAACAUUGAAGGAAUAGAUAAGCCAGAGACCGUUGCUGUUGCUGCCUAAGUUCAGGUUGAAGAAGGAAGGAACAGUGCCUUUUGUUUAUGUCAGCAAUGCCCAGGCAAUCUUAAGGCUGGUUUUAGAAGUUCAGUCAGAUCUUGAUAGCUGAUACGAGUGUAAUGCCACUUCUUUUCUUGUUAAUUCCAAACGUGAAGUGAAAGAUAAAACUGUCUCGGCAUUCAGACUUCGGCACAGUAUCUGACAACAUGGCAAUGUACCGAGCAGUUUGGGUGCUCUGGAGUCUGGAGUGGAUCGGCUGUUGUAGUUUACAGUGAUGCCGGUUUUUCAUUUUUGGUUAGCUCUUGCUGCACACAUGCUUUACAAAUGUGUUCUGAUUCAUCGGUGCCAUGUAAUAAUGAAAGUGCAAUGCUUCAUUUC